CUCAGAAUUUUUAAAUAUGUACAAGAUAUUUAUAACAUUGAGACACCUAUAAGUUGACUGGAAAGAAACAAAUAAAAACUUAACCAUGCCACUGGUAUUAUCUCAAGCGGAGUUCGACAAGCUGGUUUCCUGGACGGACGGCAGUCGGGAGAACAAGGAUGCGGCGCGCCAGAGCGAGUAUGUCAAACUUCUGAACGAGCAGAGCUCACGCAUGACUCGCGAGUGGCCCAAUUCUUUCGAGAAUGUGAACAAACGCAAUGAGGAGUUGCGUCGCGCACACAUCGAGGCCGCCGAGCAGGCCAACGCCAAGUUCUACAAGAAGUACAUGCGGAAGCAACGCGAUGAACAGGCGCGGCUCAUGUACAGCGCGCGUGACACCAUAUUCAAGAAUAAGGACGCGCCAAAGAUGUUUCUCCGUGCCGUUAUAGAAACCUGCGUACAGAAAGAGCGACAAGAACAGCUCAAGUUCAGAGGCGAGCGAAUGCGGGAAGAGAAGGAACGGAAGAGAAAGGACGACGACGAAAUCAUCCGCCGCGCGGCCGAGUGGCACGCCCUCACGAAAACGAGGCGUCAGCGACGGUUCCAAGUUGAUAAACAGCACCAGAAAGAGAUCCUGGAACAGGCGCACGAGCUGGCCGAGCGUAAUCGCGCCGAGCACGAAACGGAGCUAAAUUAUCAGAUCAUAGACAACAUCAAGGCCAACGAGCAGAUGGAAGCGCUCAGCGAGUUUGAGCGCAAUUUCAACAAAGCCGAAAAAGCCCGUAUCCUCGCCGACAUGAAACAGUCCAAGGCUGAGACAGACGCCCGGCGCGCUGAGGAGCGCGCUCGGGACGAACUGGACGACAAGCUGAUCGCCGUCUUACAGCGCUCGCGGGCCAGGAUCGAGGCGCAGAGGAAGAAAACUGAAAUAGAAGCCCGCGAAGAGCAGCUGCGCGUGCUUGAACUGAACAGCAAGCGCCUGGAGAGUGGCGAGGCCGCGCGCGCGGAAAAGGAGCAAGCCAGUCUGGAGGCCGCCGUCAGGGAGAGGGAAGCCAUCGCCGAGGCAAGACUACGCAAGGACAGAGAAAAAGAGGCGCGCUUCAAACGCGAAAAACAGGAGGUUCAAGACAAGUACCUUGCGGACGAGGCGCGCCGCCUGCACGAGUUUAAUACGCAGCGCCAGUGGGAGAUGAUGAACCGGUUCAAGAACCAAGAGUUGUACGAAGAGUUCAAGGAGAAACUGCGUCAGGAGAAAGCGCGCAAGAUCAAACAGUUCAGAGAGGAGACGCUCAGGCUUUGGAAAGAGCGAGAAGAGCGCGACGCGCGCGAGCUCGCCGAGACCCGCUACUUCUACGGCGAGCUGGCCGAGAGGAAACUACGCGACGCCGACAACAGACUGUUCGCGCACGCGCAGGAGCUGCUGGCCGAGGCGCGGCGCCACAACAGGCCCGACUACGCGCUGCGCAAGGCUCUCGACCGCUACUGUUCGCUGUACCGCUUGCACCCGAUGCCGGAGCUGCCGAAGACGCUACAGUCGCACUUCCCCGACUACAGGCCCAAGGAUUGCUGCAUACCAGACCCGGGGUAUAAGCCCGAGCCGCCACCGCAGCCCGAACCUGAAGAGAAGGAGACUCCGCCGAAGGACGCUGGUGGUCCUGUUGGCAAGAGAGGCGGCUUGCAGCCCGCUGCAGACGGUGACAAGAUGGGGCCAUCUGCGUCAGCGUCUGUGGUCGAGGAGACGGUGGCUGACUAUAAGAGAGUCGGCCGCGCCAACGGUCUGCAGAGGACACCCGCUGAGACUGAUCUAUUCAAGCUCCCACCGAUCAGCGUGAUGGUCCCCUGUCAGACCCCGACCUGCACUUGCCCGUUGAAGAAAUAAAUAAAACAAACGUAUACAAAAUAUUAAUUUAUUCAUUUUAUUAUAGUGUUGUCAUGUCUAGAGAGCUAUGGCACCGCUGCUGUGACUAGACACUUGGUGGUCC